AUGUUCAGAAUGUUCGCAACUAUUGUUCUUCUGUCUGGAAUAGCUGUCACGCAAGCAACAGAUCACUAUGCAUCUCUACAGUAUAAAUCGCACCCAAAAUUUAAGACAUCAAUCUAUACAAUAAAAAGUUAUGAGUUUAGUAAUCGCCCUCUCGAGUUCACUGAUAUUCAACGGUCAAAUAGAUACUCUUUUCAUGACGGAAAGGAGCCCACUCCUUACAACUACAAUUAUGGUGUAAUUGAUGCCUACGCUGGGACGGACUUCGCUCACAACGAGGAUUCCGACGGCAAGAACGUGAAAGGGUCAUACACGGUACAGCUUCCGGAUGGUCGCAGACAAACGGUCAAGUAUGUUGCUGAUCACCUCGGCGGUUUCCAAGCUGAAGUAAGCUACCAAGGAGACGCCCAGUACCCCAAAGAAUACGGACCUCCGGUCACCUUCAAGCCCAAAUCUUACCAUUAAGGAGCAUCAACAUCACCUACCACUUCGUAACAAACCCAGAAACCGUUAAAACGUGCAGUUUCUGCUAGUCACUGUUAUGAGUUUUUCAUGAAUAAAU